AGAAAAGAGACAUUUCGCCAUUAGAUCCUCUUUUUUUUCUUCGUAGGUCGAACGAAAUUUUGUGUUUCGUUGAGGAGAAAAUUGAGCCGUGUUUGUGUUGAGGUAAGACCCAAUUUCCGAUUUGAUUGUUGGUCUGUUUAUCUUUUGAUAGAAAUGGUAAUUUAGAUUCGCCUAAUUGAUCAUCUCCUGAGAAUUGGGCUCUGGAAAUUGAUUUUACGAUCUCGUUAUAAUUAUGCUGUAAUUUUGUUGUUGGUGUUGUUGAAGAUGUCUAUGAUCGAUGAGCCGUUGUACCCAAUCGCCGUACUUAUAGACGAGUUAAAAAACGAUGAUAUUCAGCUAAGAUUGAAUUCCAUCAGAAGGCUUUCUACGAUCGCUCGUGCUCUUGGGGAAGAGAGGACUAGAAAGGAAUUGAUCCCUUUCCUUAGCGAAAACAAUGACGAUGAUGAUGAGGUUUUAUUAGCAAUGGCUGAAGAAUUGGGUGUGUUUAUUCCUUAUGUUGGUGGUGUUGAGUAUGCACAUGUUCUUCUUCCACCUUUGGAAACUCUUUCGACUGUCGAAGAAACUUGUGUUAGGGAGAAAGCUGUUGAGUCGCUUUGUAGAGUUGGCUCUCAGAUGAGGGAGAGUGACUUGGUUGAUCAUUUCAUUUCGUUAGUUAAGCGACUUGCCGCUGGUGAGUGGUUCACAGCUAGAGUAUCGGCUUGCGGUGUUUUCCAUAUUGCAUACCCGAGCGCGCCGGAUAUGUUGAAGACUGAGUUAAGAUCGUUGUAUACUCAGCUUUGUCAGGAUGAUAUGCCGAUGGUAAGGAGAGCUGCAGCAACUAAUCUUGGGAAAUUUGCUGCUACGGUUGAAUCAGCGCAUUUGAAGACCGACGUUAUGUCCAUGUUUGAGGAUCUUACUCAAGAUGAUCAAGAUUCUGUUAGAUUAUUGGCCGUUGAGGGUUGUGCUGCUCUUGGGAAAUUGUUGGAGCCUCAGGAUUGUGUCCAACACAUUCUUCCCGUGAUUGUUAAUUUCUCGCAGGAUAAGUCUUGGCGUGUGCGCUAUAUGGUUGCAAAUCAACUCUACGAGCUUUGUGAAGCCGUGGGACCUGAGCCUACUAGGACGGAGCUGGUGCCUGCAUAUGUGCGCCUACUUCGUGAUAAUGAAGCUGAAGUACGCAUAGCAGCUGCCGGAAAAGUUACAAAGUUUUGUCGGAUUCUAAACCCUGAAAUUGCUAUCCAGCACAUUCUCCCCUGUGUGAAGGAGCUAUCAUCAGACUCUUCUCAGCAUGUCAGAUCUGCAUUGGCCUCAGUUAUAAUGGGAAUGGCUCCAGUCUUGGGUAAGGAUGCAACAAUUGAGCAUCUCCUUCCAAUCUUUCUUUCUCUAUUGAAAGAUGAGUUCCCGGAUGUACGCUUGAACAUUAUCAGCAAACUUGACCAAGUGAAUCAGGUUAUUGGGAUUGAUCUACUAUCACAAUCCUUGUUGCCAGCUAUUGUAGAACUUGCUGAAGAUAGACACUGGAGAGUAAGACUUGCUAUAAUCGAGUAUAUCCCUUUGUUGGCAAGUCAGUUAGGUGUUGGCUUCUUUGACGAUAAGCUUGGUGCUCUUUGCAUGCAAUGGUUACAAGACAAGGUUCACUCAAUCCGCGAUGCUGCUGCUAACAAUCUCAAGCGGCUUGCUGAGGAAUUUGGUCCUGAAUGGGCAAUGCAACAUAUAGUUCCUCAGGUUCUUGAGAUGGUUAACAACCCUCACUAUCUCUACCGAAUGACCAUUUUGCGUGCGGUGUCUCUUCUUGCACCUGUAAUGGGCUCAGAGAUUACAUGCUCUAAGCUCUUACCUGUAGUAAUGACUGCAUCUAAAGACAGAGUUCCAAACAUCAAAUUCAACGUCGCUAAAGUACUUCAAUCCCUCAUUCCAAUAGUUGAUCAAUCGGUUGUGGAGAAGACGAUUCGUCCUGGGCUUGUGGAGCUAAGCGAGGAUCCAGAUGUUGAUGUCAGGUUUUUCGCAAACCAAGCUCUACAAUCUAUUGACAAUGUGAUGAUGUCUAGCUAAAACCAUUAGAUCUUGUCUCUCUGCUUAUAAUCGUUUUCUAUUUGAUUGAAAAAAAAAACAAAUCUCAAGACUUUUGUAACGUAGUAGUGGAUUCUCGUCUUGUGUUUUUUAUUACACGCAAACUACUAGAGUGCCUCGGUACGGGUUUUGUCCAUUGUCUUGCUACUAAUGUGUUUAAAACUCUAUGUUGAUAACUUUUCGUUUAGUUCAACAAACAUUUUUCGUAGAUCAUGU